CAGCAAAUACGUUCAUUAAGCUACAUUUUAUUAUCGUCGUUGAUCGUCGUGAGUGUUUAAAUGUUCGGAUUAUUCGAAAUGUACAUAUUAUAGUGAUUAAUAAAUUAUUUAUUCGUUCGAUUUACGUGAUAUAUUGUGGUUUAAAUGCAAUUACGGUGUAAUUAUGUGUUUUCGUGUUCGUGAAUGGCUCGUCAGUGUUGAACGGAGUGUCGAUACCUAAUCUGUGAAUAUGUCGGUUGAAAAUCGUUCUAGUUCUGCUCUUUUCAAAAGAGCAGAACAGCUCAAACGUUGGGAAGAAUCGGAAACAAAUCGUGAAUCCGGCACGCCUCGAGAUAAAUCUAAAAAGAUACAAUUCUCUUUGGAAUGUGUAUUCCUAGCUGCCUGCGCUUCUGGUGAUAAAGAGGAAGUUUUGAAGUUACUCAAUGUCGGAGCUGAUAUCGAUACCUCAAAUGUGGACGGAUUAUCGGCCCUUCAUCAGGCGUGCAUCGACGAUAAUUUGGAUAUGGUGGAGUUCCUGGUUGAACACGGAGCUGAUAUAAAUAAAGGCGAUAAUGAAGGAUGGACUCCUCUACAUGCGACAGCGUCUUGCGGUUUUAUCAGUAUUGCGAAGUAUUUAAUCGAACAAGGGGCCGAUAUCGCAGCGGUAAACAAUGAUGGAGAAUUGGCUGUCGAUAUCGCCGAAUCGGACGAAAUGGAGGAUUUACUACACGCUGUACUCAGAGAAAAAGGAAUCGAUUUAGAUGAAGCUAGAAAUAAAGAAGAACAAGUAAUGCUGCAGCAUGCAAAAGAAUGGUUAAAUUCCGAAAAAUAUGAAGACAUUCCUCACGAAAAGACUGGUGCUACCGCAUUGCAUGUAGCUGCAUCAAAAGGUUAUAUUAAAGUAAUGGAUACUCUGAUACAAGCUGGGGCAGAUGUAAAUGCCCAAGACUUUGACGGAUGGACCCCUUUACAUGCGGCCGCGCACUGGGGCCAAAAAGAAGCGUGCGAGAUUUUAGUCGAAAAUUUCUGUGAUAUGGAUAAAAAAAAUUAUGUGAAUUCUGAACCGCUGCACCGUCUCUUAUGCUUACUUAGGUACUCAGAUACAGACGAGAAUGAUAAUUUGAAUAAUAAUAACGAUGAUAAUUGUGACCGAAAACAGGGACAAACUGCGUUUGACGUAUCGGAAGGUGAAAUGGUACGACUGCUAGAAGAAUUAAGAAAGAAACAAUGUUCACUGCAAAAAGAUACUAGAUCUGAUAUUAACGCAAUAGUAAAUAUUAAAGAUUCGCCGAAAAGAAGGCUUUCUAUGAACGAUAAACCAUCGCUGGGUAAAGAGAAAGAUGGCACGACGGAGAAACAAACGUUAGGUCAAUUAAUUUUGGAGGAGGAUGUACCUCCUGUUGAUAAAGUUCCUAAAGUAGAGCUUAAAAUUGAGACUGAAUCGGACGAAAAGCGUAGAAUUGCCGAUGAAAAUAAUGAUAAAAACAUUUGCGUUAAUAAUGACGCUAAACCGAAGAUACGCAAUUUACCAGAACCUGCUGCAAAAGUUCCUAUUAACUCGGUUCCUUCGUCGCCUUCGAAAUUAACGAAUGAUAAUGACGAUGUUCACGUUCCCUCGUGGCGUAAACCAGUUUCGUUACGAAAUGCAAUCAGAACUCCGUUUAGAUUCGAAGAUGAGAAGUUAUGGAAUAAUAAUAAUACAGCAGCAUCCAGCGAGUCGGUAGCUGUACACGAUGAUAAAGCACCUGAGGUCGUUUUAAGACGUACUCAAAGCUUCGAAGCUGAUGAUAAGUUUUAUCGAAGGUAUUGCGAACUGAAAGCUAAAAUCGAAUCUGGAAAUACUCACCCUGCGUUAAUUCCUCCGCAUACAAAUAACACCGGCAGCUUACCAACGCGAUCUGCGUCGCUGAAAGAAAGAGCAAGGAAAUUAAUGCGCGACGAUAUACUAUUACCAAUAACAUCAUCGACGACUCCCACGUGUCCGAUUUCGUCUACCACUAACGCCAUUUCUGCGACGGCAGUGCAGGACAUUAUCGCCGCAUCGACGACUGCAGGAGUCGGACCAAAUUCGAUCAUUUCGCGAACUUUGACGGCUCAGCAAGUCAGAAGUGGUAAUAAAAAUGCGGCUAAUAGCGUUAACGCGACAGAACAAACGACAAUGUCAGCUCCGACUACGCCGAUCGCUAGCAAACUUAGUCCCGGAAAUAUCUUCAAAAAUUUCUUCAAAUCUUUCGUACCACCGGUCAGAGAUGAAGAAUCGGAAACGCAAAGAAAAGCUCACGCGAAACGAGUCCGAGAGACGAGGCGAUCAACCCAGGGUGUCACGCUGGAGGAGAUAAAAUCGGCCGAGCAAUUGGUCAAGAAGAAACAACAACAGCAACAGCAGCAAUUACAACUAGCGUCGAUGCAGCUCAACAGUUUAACACCGACCGGCGAACAAACGCCUAGUACUGGAAAUACUACAAAUACGGAGCAGAAUGAUGUUGUUGUAGAACCUACGAGUAUAUCUGUUAGCGCUACGAUUACUACAGGCACAACUACUGUGCCACAAACUAAUAAAACUACCAAUGAAAGAAGACCUUCGUGGCGACUUAGAAUUGAUAAUGGUUGUAAGUUCAUGUUGGAAGAUGCUCGACGUAAUGAAAAAGACGACGACGCUAUUAAUGAAAAUGUUACUAGAUGGACGACCUCGCAGUCAUCGCCAAAUGAAGCUACCGAUACCGCUACAGUUACUUUACCUUUAAGAAAACCUAAUAAGUUUGCUGAAGAUGGAGAAUUGGAUAGAGAAGAUAACCAAGAAGCAGCGAAAAAUGUACCUACAACUCAACCAGCUAAUCCUAGAAGGAAGCGACCUAAAAGAAGAUCAACCGGGGCUGUGCAGUUCGAUAACGAAGUUGAUGAAAAUGAGAAACCAAAUUCGACCGGUGAAACGACCAACGAAAAAAUUGACAACGAGAGUGGCAAUGGAGAUAAAUCAGGUAGAUCGUCUAGACUUAGCUCAGCGUCGUCUGUAGCCGAUGAAGAUUUCAACACAAACCAAAUUAACGCUAGUUCGCCGAGUGAAAAUGGAGAACUGGAUUAUAAAAAAUUAUACGAAGAAACGCUCGUGGAAAAUGAAAGACUACGAGAUAAACUAAGAAAAACCGAAGACGAUUUAACCGAAUGUAAAUUAAGAUUGACUGAUUCUUCUUCUUCAUCGUCAUCGACGACAAAUAAAAAUUCACUUUCUGAGAUAGAAAAACGAGAAAAAAGAGCUAUGGAAAGAAAGUUAUCAGAAAUGGAAGAAGAACUAAAACAAUUGCAAAAAUUGAAAGCUGAAAAUGAAAGAUUGCGCGCCGAAAAUAGAGCGUUAACUCGAGUGGUUUCUAAAUUGACCACCUCAGCUAAUGCUGUUAAAUAGCAAAUUGAACAAAUAAAGCAAGAAAACCAAAGAUUAAAAGAUGAAAAUGGCGCUUUAAUUCGAGUGAUAAGCAAGCUAUCGAAGUAGUCUCGAUGUUGGCGUUUGACGUUAAGACGUUAUUAAUAUUCUCGUUUUAUUAUUUUGUUUUCUUUGUCUAUUCGUAUGAAUUUUUUUUUCUGUGUUUCGCUUAUAUAUUCGAACGUGAUUUGUAUACCUGCGCACUCUCGAAAUCAUUUUAAUAUACCUGUAUUUCAUUUUUUAUAUUAUACAAUUUUUUUUUCUCUUGUGUAGUUAUUUAAGAAUUUAUAGAUCUUCAUUAGAAUGUAAUUGUUACGAUUUCUUUCUUCUUCAUUUUUUUUUCGUGCGAAAAUUAUUUUAACUUAUAUGAUUGAUGUAUAAAUAGGAUUUUGAUUAUUUUAUAAAUAUAUAACUAUUAUUCGUUUGUAAA